AUGAAAAAGAACCGUUUAAUGUCAAAUUCUACCAAUUUGUUCUGGUACGCGGUCCAGAAGCAUGAAUAUUUGGCAAUCCUGGGCUUGCUUCUAGAGCAGACGUGGGUUUUAGUGUCAAUUAGGUUGAUUACUCGUUUAGCAGGUUACGUUGUGAUGAUGUUAUCCAUCGGACUCAUGGUUUUUGUAACCAUUACAAUGACCCGUGAGGUAACCCCCGUAAUUACACAGCCGAGAACGUGGAAGUAUAGCGCUCUCCAUUGGACUAUAGUUGUAGGAUCCUUUAAUAUUUUCUUUAAUUUCAUCUCCGCAGCGGUGUUUUCCAAACGUCUGGGAAGAGCACUUCCUUCUCAGCGUUCUUGCUGUAGCAUCACAGGGAACUUUCCUAGAAAUAUAGAAAAUAUCUCCACAAACGGUGGUUUCUACAACGUUGGUACCUCUCGAGACGAUAUUAGUUUAUCUUCUAAGAUCCCUCUUCAUCGCCAAGUCUAUGAAGAUGGGGAUGCCAGUAGCGACACGUCAUCGAACGACUCCAUGUAUCCGCGUCCAUUCAAGGAGCGCGAAUCCUCUUAUUCAUGCUUCCACGCGUGGUUUCGGCCGUUCCACCCAUCAAGGUGUUCUCCCCCUUUGGCAUCUGUGGAGGUUUUACGCGAAUUGGAGCGUUUGAGUCUUGUCUCGGAGAACUACACACCGAAAGAGCGCCGUUAUAAACUGCUUGACGCGCCGCGGCGUCGCUGUAAGACGUGCUGUCGUCUCAAAGCCCCACGAGAGCACCACUGCAGCUUGUGCAAUGAGUGUGUGGCGAAGAUGGACCAUCACUGCAUGUUCCUAAAUAAUUGUGUGGACGUAGAGAACCAGCGCUACUUUGUGCUUUUUGUUCUCUGGCUUCAGGUUAUGAGCUUUUUUGUCGUGUGCUGUGCGGGCUAUGGUUGGCUACGCCAGAUGACCUAUGAGCGCCAGCUCAGGCAAGUCACGCGGGAACUUGUUCAGAACUUGGAGAUGGAUAGCCGCGCCGAACUUCAGAAACAUGUGCUGUAUCUCCUUCACAAUGCCCCGUAUGGCCCUGUUGGGGCCAAGCUCAUCUCUACUCCAGUCAGUUUAUCCAUUAUGCUGGCUUGUGUGGCAAUUAUUUUUACCGGACUUUUUAACGUUUUGAAUUUUAUUCAGGUAUGGCGAAAUGUGACACCUAUUGAAAGUAUUACUAUUCGUCAUAAAAGGAGGUGCGUUUUUUCUAUGACAAGCUUCUGGUAUCGUAGCCCAUACGACUUGGGUCCGUGGCGUAAUUUUAUUGAAGUCUUUCGCACCGUUGAUGACCCCGUCGUGUUAUGGGCGCUUCAAAGGACAUCUGGGAUGGGUACCAUAGAAACCGCUUCCAGGGUAAUUGGAACCCCUUCACGGUCGCACGACUGUCUAAGACUUCUCAUCCUUUGGCUACAGAGAGUCGCAGUAAUGAUUUGGCUCAUGGCAAUGCCGACUCUUCAACCGUCUGUGCAUGAUGGAAUUCACUACCCUGUUUAUGAUCAUGAAGUGCAGUACGGCAACGGGCAAACGUUCACCAUCUCAACUGGCUCCCCUGUAACCCUCCUAUAA